AUGGCGUCAAUGGAGAUGACGGCGCCUGCUGCGGCUGGUGUCAAGAAACUGAUGUGUCGCGUGUGCCAGAAAGGAUUCACCAAGGCUGAACAUCUUCGACUGUCCGAUGCCAAGGCCACGCAAGGCAAUCGCAGGGCUAAUGGACGAUCGGACAGAGACAUGAGCGUUGUCUCCCAUUCCCGAUACCCUCCGUCGGCUGACCGGAAGGAUCUUCCAGAUACCGGAUCCAAACCCUAUGUCUGUAAAGAGUGUCGCCGGCCAUUUGCCCGCCAAGAUGCACUCACCCGCCAUGAGAAACUGCAUCAGCGGGACAUGAAUUCAAAGCAGGGCCCGUCGCCCCCUUCGGCGACCCCUUCGGCCUCGUUGGAUUCCAUGGCUUCUUGGGAUGCCGGUAGUGUGUCCACCACUGGUCCGGCGUCGACGUCGGCGACGACUCGGUCGUGGGAUGAGCCGCAGCCUGGGUCACAUCAUGGUCUGCAUAACGCCGCUGCUGAUCUGGAUUUUGCUCUCAUCUGGCCCGAUACGGAGGGUUUGUUUCAGAGCUUGAUGUCGGCCGACACCACGGACCAGUGGCAGAUGCCAUUAGGGACGCUGCCCUUUCCACCUGUAGUGCAGGAUAUAAACGGGAUGAAUUUCGGGUCCCCCAAUUCGUUUGAUGACCGAAGCUCUUCGGUCGGCACGAUCCCGUCGGGGGGAGGACAUCAGGCUGUGCGCGAUGUGACGGAGAUGGUAACGAGCUCAUCCUCGAGUGUCACCGCUGCCGUCAAGGCCACCUCCAUUACUUCAGUCUUCCUCGACGAAUGCUUGCACAUGUUCUUCGUCCGCUUCAUUCCGACCUUUCCCAUCUUACAUCGAGCCACUUUUGUUUUCCGCGAAUGCACACACGCUCUGCUACUCAAUGCCAUUGCAAUUGGGUCGCUGUACCUGGGUCCUAGCGACUCUGUCGCAAAAGGCGAAGCGUUAUGGCACCUGGCUCAUACGGCGGUUGCUACCUCGUGGCAGUCCUUUAUCACUCAUCACGGCCCGUACGACGCCUGCAAGGGUGUUCAGUUGAUGAUCACGGCAUUGCUGGGCCAAAUAUAUGGGGCACUCUCCAAGAACCGAGCCAUCCGCACUACAAGCCAAGUAUUUCGGCCCCUGGGCUUCUUUUGGGCGCGGCAUUGUGGAAUGUACGAUAGCGAGCCUUAUUCCAUGGAGAACCUCCCCUCUGCCGACGCGCCAUGUGCGGAGAAGGAACAUCAAUGGCGCAUUUGGGCGGCACGAGAAAUUCAACAGCGCGCCCUUCUGGCAUACUACGUUCUCGAUGGUCUUGUUGCGCAGAUGUCCGGCGAUGGAGCAUCCGCCCGCCAUGUCUCCAAUCCGUUGAGCCUCCCCAGUAAUGAGGCUGCUUUUGACGCCAGCACUCCCGAUGAAUGGCUGGUACAUAUGCGUUCGCAACAACCAGAUCGGUCCUCGUUUCGAAUGGUGUUCCGUGCCUUGUUUCCGCCAGUUGGUAACUUCAGAGCGCUGGAGUACGAAUUCUCCACGUUUGCGCUUCGCGUAGUGCUGGAAGGUCUUCAGUCCCUAGUGUCUGAUUGUGAUGAGCAUGAUCUUGCUGUCGGCGUGCCAGGUCGGUCUGAUGUACGCCGGGCACUGGCCCAAGUGCAUGAGACUAUCUCGAUGAGCAUUCACUUCUCUGCCGCGGAGCGACUGGAGAUACUGCUGCGGUGGCACACGGUCUGCCUGGACACCAUGAUCAACUCUACCGUCCUCUCCCGGCAUGUCUGUUCUCGGUAUAAUAUCGCACAGCACGUCUCGGGAGGUUGCCGGACAGUUCGCCCCGACUUCGACCUCCUCCAAUGGGUGAACACGGACGAUGCCAGGCGCGCAGUGCUCCAUGCUGUCGCCAUCCAAGAUAUCAUCGAGCAGCUUCCGCGCGGUCGCGCCCACGUUGUUCAUAUGCCCAGCUCACUAUUUGCUGCCGCGACCAUCUACGUCGUCUUCUCGCUUGCCGGUACCGCCACCGUCAACCUCCCCCGAACAAUCGUGUGGCAGGACGCGUUGCUGUCCCACUCCGAUCUCAACAUAGGCCAUGAGGACAUCCGACCUCCGUCUGGUUCAGAGACACGGCGCUUUGUGGACACCGAGCAAGGUGUAUCGCCCGCUCCAAUCGGCGGUACCGUUCGCAACCUCCUUUAUGAAUUGAACUCCAUGCAUAAGCUCUUCCGCUGCUUGUCAUCACAGUGGGGCAUUGCACAUGACAUGGAGAACAUCAUUGCUCAGUGGAUCCAACUGUGCCAUUAA